CUGGUUACGGCUGGUUUGACCAGUGCUUAAUGGGUUCGAUUUCUCUCUCUACUAUUCUUUCAUCUUCUGUCUACUUUUCUCUCUCUUUCUUCCAAAAAUUUCUCCCAUUCACUUCUCAUCUUUGACUUGUUAAAGCCUUUUCUUCUCUUCUAAUCACAUAUCACAAGUUUUUGUGUCAAUUCUGCCGUUUAUUCUUCCUUUAUCGCCUCAGUUCUUAGACUUUGUAUGAACUCUUCUGUUUCCUGAAUCACCACAAUAAAUCCUUGAAAUUUUGUACAUAAGAUGGGGUGUUUCACAGUUUUGAAGAGUAAGAAGAAAAAACCUGAGCAGAUUGUUCAUGUUAAAAGGGUCAAUCUUCAGGAGUAUAGUCCCACAACACUGCCUGAACCCCAAAAUAAAACCCCAACACGCUCGCUCCAAUCAGCACCUCCGAGUUUUAGGAAUAGAGUGAAGCCUGUUCAACCGUAUAACAAAGCUUCUAACAAUAGAUCAAGGGCAUUAUCUGCCCCAUCUAGCCUUGAUGCUGCAGAACAAGAUGUACUCGCAGCUAGUGAAUAUGAAGAGCAAGAAGAAUCGAAGAGCCGAGUUGGACUGGGGAAAGAACAAUGGUCUUCAAGUCCACAACCGCUUCCACUUCCAUCACCUCAGGGUGCUGCUGCACUUAAGACUGCUGGAAGCUUUAAAGCAGGGAAUGUCAGUGGUCCUCUGUUUGCUUCUGGACCAUUGCCACUGCCUCCCACUGGAACUGGAACACUUCGGAACUUCCCUUACGAAGAAGUUGCAGCAGCCUGCCAUAAUUUCUACUCAGACCGAUGCAUGUCAGGUCUUUCUUCUGUAAUGUAUAUGGCUUCCUUUGGCUUUGGAGAUGAUACCUCAAGUUCAAAGAAGUUUGAAGCAACUGUCACUCGCCUUAACUCGUCCACUCAGGGCUUGAAGGAAUUUAUCAGCGAAGUAAACACCCUUGCAUCUUUGCAACAUCCAAACCUCUGCAAGUUGCUUGGUUAUCAUGCACAUGAUGGUUCAGAUCAGAGAAUGCUGAUAUAUGAGAGGCUUUCUCAUGGAAGCUUGGAUCGUCUUCUAUUUGGGAGAUUAGAUGGGCCCCCUAUUGAUUGGAACACCAGAAUGAAAAUUGCAUUAUGUGCAGCACAAGGCCUUACCUUCUUGCAUGAAGAAGGGCCAUUUCAGGCAAUGUACAAUGAAUUUUCAACGGCAAACAUACAGAUUGACAAAGAUUUUAGUGCAAAGCUAUCAGGAUAUGGUUGUGUUGGUCAUGUUCCUGAGGCAGAUAUCUCUAGUAAUUCUAUUGCUGCCGCAAAUCUUUCAGUGGAGACAUUAGAAAGAGGAUUGCUUACUCCUAAGAGUAAUGUUUGGAGUUUUGGGAUUGUACUUAUUGAACUACUUACUGGCCGAAGGAAUCUUGACAAUCGCCAUCCCAAGGACGAGAGGAACUUGGUUAAGUGGAGUCGUCCUUUCCUUGCUGAUGACUGUCGACUUUCUCUCAUCAUGGAUCCUCAGCUGAAAUGUCGUUUUCCGGCCAAAGCAGCACGGACAGUGGCAGACAUUGCUCUAAAGUGUCUUCAGAAGGAUCCAUCAGAGAGGCCCACCAUGAGAACCAUUGUCGACCAUUUGAAAACCAUACAAGACAUGAAAUUCCCUUCUCGUUAUCCUCUGCAAGAGCCAGCAGUAAUUACUGGUAAACAGAUUUCAAGAUCACCAAGUCUCAACGGGAUCAUCACCCCUGCACCUAGGUCAAGUUUUUCACCAUCUCCACAAUCACAAGCCCGGCCAUCCGUUUCCCCCACAAGGCCACUUACUCUGCCCUUAUCUCUUCCACCGCGUGCUUGUUCCUCCACAAUCUCAUUGGAAGAACUGGAUAGACAAGAAAGCCGGAGAUCAUCAUCGUCAACCGUUAGAAGGGCUAGUGUUGAAGGAUUUUGAGUGUUCAUAAUAUGCAUUUUUUCAUUUUCUUUUUGUUGCUUUUUUUUUUUUUUUUUUUUAAUUGUGAUUCAACACAUAUAUAGAAGAUAAAAGAUGUGGUGCUUCCACCUUUCCUUCCCUCAAGAUGAUGAAAAUUGGGAGGAUGGUCUUUUGUAGAUAAGAGUGAAAGCCCUGGUUUGACUGGGUUCCAUUAGUUACCUUCAAUCCAGAUGCUACUUUAUAAACAAUACCACUUACAUGGA